UAUUAGACGCAAUAAUGGUGGAACCAGUGAAAAUGGUAUUGGUAACAGGUGGUGUCAUCAGUGGUGUUGGAAAAGGUAUUAUCUCGUCUAGUUUGGGUGUACUACUUAAAGCUCACGGUUACCGAGUUUCGUUCAUUAAAAUUGAUCCAUAUAUUAACAUCGAUGCUGGCACAUUUUCACCGUUUGAACAUGGUGAAGUGUUUGUUUUGGAUGAUGGUGGUGAAGUUGAUUUGGAUUUGGGAAACUAUGAAAGAUUCCUGAAUAUUCGUUUAACACGUGAUAACAAUAUUACAACCGGGAAGAUAUAUCAACAGGUUAUCGAACGUGAAAGACGUGGUGAUUAUUUGGGCAAAACGGUGCAAACGAUACCACAUAUAACAAGUGCAAUCACUGAAUGGGUAGAGCGUGUUGCAGCAAUACCAGUUGAUGCUACAGAUCAGCGACCAGAAGUGUGCAUUGUUGAACUUGGAGGUACUAUUGGUGACAUUGAAAGUAUGCCUUUCGUUGCUGCCUUUGAAAAAUUCCAAAGACCUGCAUUCAAGGAUCAGCUAAUGACAGUGCAUGUCUCCGUGAUAUUGGAACCGAAAAGUACAGGUGAACUGAAAACAAAGCCAAUGCAAAAUAGCAUACGUAAUUUACGAGCUAGUGGUAUAACACCAGAUUUACUUGUUUGUCGAAGUGAGCGACCAUUAAAUAAAGCAUUGCGUGAAAAAAUUGCAGCAUUUGGAAUGGUUGAAUUGGAACAGGUAAUUGGUGUGCAUGAUGUCUCGAAUAUUUAUAAAGUACCACUUCUGCUUCAUCAACAAAACGUGCUAGAAAUGAUUGUCGAACGAUUGAAAUUGACAGCUGUGAAUGCUGAAGGCACACUCAUACUAAAGCCUAAUCUUUUCCAGUGGACACAUCUCUCUAAUCUCUGUGAUAGUUUCCAAGAAGAAGUUCGUAUUGCAUUAGUUGGAAAAUACGUACGAAUCCCUGAUGCAUAUGCAUCUUUGAAUAAAGCCCUUCGACAUUCUGCAAUUCAUGCUAAACGACAGCUUGUUAUUUCGUAUAUUCAUUCGGAACAUCUCGAAGAAACGGAUGACUCAGCACGUAUGUCGGAUUAUAACUAUGCAUGGGAGACGAUUAAACAAUGCCAAGGUAUAGUAGUGCCGGGCGGAUUUGGUGAUCGUGGUGUUGAAGGAAAAAUUGCCGUAUGCAAGUAUGCGCGGGAGAAUAAUAUUCCAUUCUUAGGAAUUUGCCUUGGCAUGCAGUGUGCGGUCAUCGAAUUUGCACGAAAUGUCUGCGGUAUCAAAGGUGCUAAUUCAACCGAAUUUGACAAGACGGUUGUUGGAGAACAACAAGUAGUGAUUGAUAUGCCAGAGCAUAAAGGUGACGAGAAAGGUAUGGGUGGUACAAUGCGUCUUGGUUUGAGAGAUACAGUUUUUCUGACGGAGAACUGCAAACUACGAAAAUUGUAUGACGCGAGAAAGAUCAGUGAACGUCAUCGGCAUCGCUAUGAAGUUAAUCCUAAAAUUGUUUCGAAACUUAGUCGAGCUGGUCUGCUCUUUGUUGGUAUGGGAACAGAUGAGAAUGUAACACAUAUAAAUGGUGACGUAUCAUCAUAUGCUACAUUGUUGAAAUUAGCUGAAUGUGAAACCUCGAUAACUGUGGAGGAAAAUAAUGUGCAGGAAUUCUCUGAAAUCUCUCGGCGAGAAGUACUGUCCAAAAUUGAAGAUUUGUGCGGAACUGGUGGUGAUAAAACCGGUAUGACAUCUGUACGUAUGGAGAUUUUUGAGUUACAAGGCCAUCAAUACUUUGUUGGUGUUCAAUUUCACCCGGAAUAUCUGUCGCAUCCUUUACAACCUAGUCCUCCACUUUUUGGUCUGAUCUGUGCAGCUUCCGGACAGCUGGAAAGUUUUCUUCAUGGUUCCAGGAUACCCACACCAGUGAGCGUCUUGAAAGCAGCAGAAAAUUACGGUCCGAGUGUCGCUGAAGAUGUUUUACGAGCAACUCAUUUAUUUGUCAACAAAGUUAGUAUACUCGAUGACCAAAAUAUUGAUGAAGCUCAUUUAAGUGAUAAAAAUGAAUGCUAACAAGAAACAUUGGUCGAUUCAAGCUCAUAUAUGAAGAAUUCUUUUUU